AUAAGACAUUUUGCUUUAAUGGUACUGGCUAUAUUAGUUGGCUAUAAUUUAAAAAUAGUAUGUUAUUAAUAUUUUAAAUUGUUAAAAUAGAAUAUAUCAGUUCAAUAUGGUAAUAAAUGAUGUACAAUUUUCCUACAGAUUUUCUUACAGACCUGUAGAGGUUCGACAAAUUUAGCCAUCCAUAAGAGGUUGGCUAAAUUUAUAGACAACAGGUGAGCGUGGUUGGAGUUGAGUUUUUGGAGCUGUUGGCUAAAUUUUUUUAUUUUAGGUAUGCCAACUCAACUUUUAGCCAAGGGAUUUAGAUGGUUGGAGAUGCUCUGAUCUGCUUGCAUUUUACCUUUCGUUGUUUCGGGUUGAACUUCAUUGGAUUGGAUUUAUUGACUUACAAUUUACCUUUUGUUGUUUCGGGUUGAGCUUAAUUUGAUUUGAUUCUUGAUGCAAUUAAGAGAUACAUCAGAAGUGGUGUACUGCGCUUUUUGAUGCAGUCUUUGUUGCUUCUUCAUCUAAAAUACUUCUGUAUAGACGGGGAUGGAUGGUUUUAAACUGAUCAUAUAUGCUAGGUUUAUCUUAACAUAACAUGUGAAUAAGUCGUGCCCUUUUAUCUUUUUGGAAUUGAUUAUAACGUGAAACAUUACACUGCUGUGUAGAAUUGGACUUCAUUUAUAUCCUUGUAUGACAAUGAUUGAUAGAGUUGCACAUGUCAGUUUACUGCACAAUUAUCCUGUGAUUACUUAUUGGAGUUCAAAAUGACUGAAUUUUAGCUAUACAAAUUGGACUGAUUGUUGAUUUGUUUCUAUGAAAACUUGAAGAAGUUUUGACUGAGGAAGCAGGAACGCUAUCAGUAGAUUGGAGACGGAGGUUAUAAGAUCGGCAGGUUGGAGGACGGAGGUAGAGGUUAUAAGAUUGCGGUGGAGCCAUGGAGAUACCUCCUUCACCUAGCCCUUCACCAGCUUCCCCUGUGCCUGCCCCCAUUGAUCUGGCUAAUAAGGGACCAUAUAUUACUCUGCCUAAUCCAGAACCAGUUGAUACAGAGACCUGUGACAGGAUUUUCAUGACAUGUCACCUUAAACGCAUCACUGCAUGUGUCGGCCUCCAAGGAUCUAUGCUUAUUGUCCGUAAUGAUGAUACUAGUUCUUUGAAAGUCAAUGUUACAAUUUUUCCAGUGAAUGUAACCUACAAGGAAAUAGACAUACCAAGGCACCAAACCAAGAAGAUUAAUAUAUCAGGCAAUUUUACAAAAAGAUCAUCAAUUUUGUUGGAUGCUAAAAAUGGGCAAUGUAUAAUUCACAUGCGCGGUUCUGUCAACACCUAUAUAACUCUCAUCAGUGGAGCCUGCACAGUGUUUUCAGUAGUUCUGAUUAUAGCGGGGACUUGGACCUGCUUAAAGUUCUGGAAAAGAAGACAACAUCCUGAAGGCGUUGCAUACCAAGAACUCGAGAUAGGCCACUCAAAAUUAGUGUCUUCUGCGAAUGUGGAAGCUGCAGAAGGUUGGGAUCAAGUCUGGGAUGAUCACUGGAUUGAGGAGGAAGGCGUAUAGUCAGCUGCUGGAAAUUUAGUUAGUAAGUGGUAAUUCAGAUGAUUACUGGGGGCAGUUUCUUUAAAUUUGAGUUUGAUUCAAAAUAUGACAGCAGAAGGAAAAGUAGAUAAGCUAAAGAGAUUUACACAAAGCUGUAGGAUUAAUUGAUCGAGGAAGAAUCCUCCAAUGUCAAGGAUCAGAAAACCAGGUUUCAGGAAUGAUAAAAAGAAUUGGUAAUUGGACAUUGAUUUUUCCAGUUAUGUAGUUAAUUAGAUAUUUGCUUGCUGAUAUCCUCCAUAUUUUGCAGGGUUGCUAAACAUCUUGACUUGGCAGACAAGUAUAUCUUUAGUAACUGACAAUAUACAGAUUAAAAGAUAGUUAAUCCUGCGUUAAGACCUAAUGGUUUAAGCAAAGAAUUCUAGCCAGAAAUAAAUCUGUAGUACGAAGAUGCCUUUUUACCAGGCACUAAUGACUCUACAGUACAAACAUGAUGUAGUUGUUUCUUCUCUAUCAGAUACACUGCUGAACUUGGACUACUGUACAGAUUUUGGAUUUUUUUUUUUGUCAGUAGAUUUUGGAUUUUUUUUAUCCAGUAGAUUUUGGAUAUUAUUAAUUAGUCAUCUGCUCUCUCAAAAUAAUUAUCACACAAUGCAGGAAGCACAUAGUUCAUAAAAUGUUCAGCCAUACCAUACCCGUCAGCGGUUAUAGCAAGCACCGUUGGUAGUUCAUGUAUGAUGCGCGAAGUAUAGUUAAGAUUUAAGGAGCUAAUUGAGCUGUUGUUUCCGCUGUUAAAUGACAACAAGGUUCUCAUUUCAAAAUCUUAAACCGCUAAUUCAAAUACUAACACAUGGGACUCAGGUUCCGACCGAGAUUAAUAAAAUGCCACCAUACUUUCAAACGAUAGUAAUACUAGUGGAUGUAUGUCCCGGAAGUUCUCUGUGUUGCAACAAUCGUCCCUCGUACAACAGCUAAAUCUCAAUGGGACGUGAAGGUUCAAAGGUGGGGUAGGAGUAUUAGUUGGCCUGCACAGUCCAUUACUAAAGCAAGAAGCAUCAGCACCAAAUUGACAGAUAAAAGUGACUAUUGCUAUGGUGGCUACAAUUCGCACUGUCAAGACUAAAGAUGCUGCUGAGUGCUGAUACUCCACUU